GUUACAGAGAAGCUGCAACUUCUGAAAGCAGCAGGUUUGGGGAUUUACAGACUGCGGCGCCAACUGCUCCUGCUCCUCUUUCGUUUGCAGGGUGCCCCCAGCUCGGGCUGGGUGGGCGGCACCCAGCUUAGUCCUAUCCAGCCGGAAGAAAGAGGUCGGCACUCUCCCAAGUAGCCCACCCUUUUGCCCUUGCUCUUAUAUAUAGAGCAGGAAGGGCACCGUUUGUAGCCAUCUCCUGGCACGGUGACUGGAUCCUACUGCUGCUGGUGUAAAGAUGACUGGGUUAAGUCCCUUUGCGCCUAAGCUGCAGCAGCUGCUGGAGAGGGAUCCCUACCUGACUCCUUUUGAGAAGGACAUCGAGCGCAGAGAUUACAUCGUAUACUGUACAGGAAGGAUCUUCUAAGCUAGGUAUGCCACUUUUCAUCGCAUCUUGAAGAACAUUGAAGAAAAUGAAGGUGGUCUCGACAAAUUCACCAAGAGUUACCAAACAUUUGGAGUCAACAGAUUUGUAGAUGGAGGACUCUAUUGUAAAGAAUGGGCCCCUGGGGCAGAAGCAGUGUUCCUCACCGGUGACUUCAAUAACUGGAAUCCAUUUUCUCAUCCAUAUAAGAAAAUGGAUUUUGGGAAAUGGGAGUUGUUCAUCCCACCGGGACGAGAUGGAUUUAAUCCUGUGGCUCAUGGAUCAAAAUUGAAGGUGGUCAUUCGAAGCCAAAGUGGAGAAAUUUUCUAUCGCAUUUCUCCUUGGGCAAGACAUGUGGAUCGUGAGGGCACCAACGUGAAUUAUGACUGGAUACACUGGGAACCAGCAAUUCCAUAUCAAAGAAGGCAUCCUGUUCCUAAGAAGCCUAAAAGCUUAAGGAUCUAUGAAUCUCAUGUGGGAAUUGCUUCCCCUGAAGGGAAAAUAGCUUCAUAUAAAAACUUCACAUACAAUGUACUUCCGAAAGUCAAGGAUCUUGGAUAUAACUGCAUUCAGUUGAUGGCUGUAAUGGAACAUGCCUACUAUGCCAGUUUUGGUUAUCAGAUCACAAGCUUUUUUGCAGCAUCAAGCCGUUAUGGACCUCCAGAAGAUUUGAAGGAACUGAUUGAUGUUGCCCACUCAAUGGGGAUUAUUGUCCUAUUGGAUGUUGUACACAGUCAUGCAUCGAAUAAUUCUGAAGAUGGCCUGAACAAAUUUGAUGGCACAGAUUCUGCUUUUUUCCACUCUGGUCCCAGAGGAACACACACACUUUGGGACAGUCGACUUUUUGACUAUGCCAGCUGGGAAGUUUUGCGAUUUCUUCUCUCUAACCUAAGAUGGUGGAUAGAGGAAUAUGGCUUUGAUGGCUUUCGAUUUGAUGGUGUUUCAUCUAUGCUAUAUCACCAUCAUGGUAUUGGUGAAGGCUUUAGUGGGGAUUACAAUGAAUAUUUUGGUAUGCAUGUUGAUGAAGAUGCACUGGCUUAUCUAAUGAUGGCAAACCACAUGAUACAUUUCUUGCAUCCGGAGUGUAUAACAAUAGCAGAGGACGUUUCUGGAAUGCCAGCCCUUGGCUGUCCAAUUGCAGAAGGAGGAGGUGGAUUUGAUUAUCGCUUGGCCAUGGCAGUUCCUGACAAAUGGAUUCAGAUAAUUAAAGAGCUCAAAGAUGAAGACUGGAAUAUGGGCAAUCUAGUAUUCACACUAACAAACAGACGACAUGGCGAGAAAUAUAUUGCUUAUGCAGAAAGCCAUGACCAGGCUCUAGUUGGUGAUAAGACACUGGCGUUUCGGCUGAUGGAUGCAGAGAUGUAUACCAAUAUGAGUAUUAUCUCUCCUCUUACUCCAAUUAUUGAUAGAGGAAUACAGCUUCAUAAAAUGAUCCGCCUCAUUACUCAUUCACUUGGAGGAGAAGGCUAUCUCAACUUCAUGGGUAACGAGUUUGGGCACCCAGAGUGGUUAGACUUCCCCAGACAAGGCAAUAAUGAAAGCUACCAUUAUGCUAGAAGACAGUUCCAUUUAGCUGAUGAUCAAGUUCUUCGUUAUAGAUUCCUAAAUGCAUUUGACAGAGAUAUGAACAAAUUGGAAGAAAGAUUUGGAUGGCUUGCAUCUCCCCCGGCUUAUGUAUCUGAAAAACAUGAAUCAGACAAAGUCAUUGCUUUUGAGAGGGCAAAUCUUCUAUUUAUAUUCAAUUUCCACCCAUCUAAAAGUUAUACAGAUUACAGAGUGGGUGCUGGAAUACCAGGAAAGUAUAAAAUUGCACUGGAUUCUGAUGCACCAGAGUAUGGAGGACAUAACAGACUGGACCAUAAUACAGAAUUCUUCACUCAGCAGUAUUCACAUAAUUAUCGCUCAGAUUCAAUUUUGCAACCCAAUUCACUGAAUGAAAUUGAUGGCCAGCCCCGAAGGAAGCAGCACACAUACUAUGUGGAGGUGUACAUUCCAAGCAGAGUAGCCAUAGUUCUUCAGAAUAUGGAUAUCCAAAACUGAGGACCACCAUCUUACAACUACUGCAAAGCCCAGACAGGAUUUUGAUGAUAAUGGUACGCACGACUUACCACUUGGAAACUUUUCUCAUGAAGAUGUGUUAAAUAUUGAGAGCUUAAAUGUGUACUUAUUUAUUUGUAAUUACAAAGCUCUCAAAUUACGAAAUGCUUGAAAUGAGAGAAAUGAGAAAGGUGCAUUGUUGCAGCUUUACAUUUAGAUUGUUGCAGAAUUAGAUGUCAGAGCAGCAGGCAUCCGCAAAAAUAAUGUUUCCAGGAUUUUUUUAGUAGGAAUAAUGUGAUCUAUUGCAAAAAAUAAAAUUAAUUAUAUACUCAGUUUUCAGUAAUUUGUUUUGAUCCCAUUUAUGAUUUUGUGUUGAAUAAAAAAUUUUCAAUAGACUGCUGUUUUUGUACUAGAAAAAAAUUGAAUUUAAUAAUUAUUGUAUUGCCAUUAAAAAGUCGCCUUAUAGACAUCUUGGACAUUGUAGGUUCCGAACUAAAAAGGUGCUUCUUAUUUCAAAUUUAAACAUUGGGAAAGAGAGAUUUAAUGAAAAUCUUGCAAGAAAAUGUGUUUUUUGUGAAGCUGUAAGACUUGCGAGAUUGAGACUAACAUCAAUCGAGUGGUUUUACUACAGUCAAGCUGUACAGUUAACUCAUUUAAAUUGUGCCUAAGUUUUUUACUGAAACAAAAUCAAAAUAUUUUCUGUUUUGCCUGUCCUGUGUUGGGACUCAUGUGUUUCAGGGUAUAUCUUUGGGCAGGGGUGACCAUAUCUGAGAGAGAGCUUUUUUACUUCAAAGAAAUAUAUUACUUUUGUGGAUUAUGUCCUGUGAAGCAUGCACAGUGUAGGCACAUUAGUAUAGGAUUAUAAAGGUCACACCAUACUCAAAAAUAUUUUUAAAAACAAAAGCCACUGAUAUGCUCACUGAUGUUUUCACCUGGAAGACAUGAUCUUGCAUCUUUCUAAUAUCUAUUUUGUUGGUCAGGAAUAAACAGUGAAAGGAAAUAGUUUUAAACAAGCUAGGUAAUUUUGAAAUGAUGGUUUAAAAUAAUUAUUCUGUAAGAUUUUUUAAAAGUUAGUACUAUUAUAUAUAGUACUAUAUUUGAAUUGUGAAGUAAAAAUGGAAAUUUUUACAAAGUUGAAGAAAUAUAUUGAAUACUUUUGUAAAGGACGCAAUAGGUUAAUUACAUUUCAUUUGUAGUCAGUUUUGUCGUGCACUUGUCGUAAAAGUGUUCAUCAUAAGAAAAUACCCCCCAAACCAAUUCCAGUUGAAACAUUUCUUUGUCUCAGUUUAUGAACUGCAUAGUACUUGUGCUGGUAUUCACAAUACCCUUUUAAUUAAUAUAGAUGCUUUGUUAGAAUUUUACUGUGAUUAUCAUCGAGAGCAAGGACAUACAUGUCGGUGAGUGUUACGCAGGCAGUUCAGAACUGCCCAUGCUACUGCAGGUGUCUAACAAACAUUUCUGUGGUGCUGUGCAACAGGACUCUUCCACUGCUACUUGCCGAAUUGCAUGUCAUGGGGGGAAGUAGCAAGUAGUACCAGAAGAACCCUGUUGUGGGGGGAAGUAGCAAGUAGUACCAGAAGAACCCUGUUGCGUAGCAUUGCAGGCAUGUUCUUAGACACUCACAGUGAUGUGGGAGUGGCUUUCUGAGCUACCCACAUUAAGCCACACAGCAUGUAAACCAAGGUUAUGAAGGCUAUUGGAGUCCAACUGAUGCAUUCAGUGGGAGCCAAUUGCUUGUGGCUUCUUCCCAUGCUUCUUAAAAAUAUAUAUAUAUUAAAACCAAAUUGGGUGGACAAAUUUCAUUAUUCCCUUCCUACAUCAGCCAUGGAAGACGAAGAGAUGAGGACGAGGAAGGGAUCAGACAGAAGAGGAAGGGAUCAGAUAGCAUUCCUGUGAAAAACCAGGUAAUUUCAUUCUGGCCAUGUCACAGUGACAUUAUCAGACAGGUAUAACAAGAAGCUAUAGACAAGUGAAACAUCGCACAUGAAAACACAAAUAAUCUACAUCAAUGUCACUUAGAAUAGAGCCACUCUAGCUAUAUUCUCUAUAAGAGAUCCACUGUAGCUUCUGUUGUCAGUGCAUUAUGUCUGAUAAUAUUUGCUAUAUUGCUGAUUAAUGUUCUACCUGUUUUUCACUUCUCAGUUUGUAAAAUGAGAGCUGAAUUUCCACAUUUAAAAACAUGCUGUGCAAUUUUUUUCCAAACUUUAACUUUAGAGGUGAGAUAUAGAGCUCUAUAAAUAUGUGAUGUACUUAUGCCAAAUGGAUGUAUUAAUAUAUAAUGAAGAUUUUACUGGCCCUAUGUCUGGGCUUGUAAAUGCAGUGCAAGCCAAUUGUCCAUGUCAAACUUUUAUGCAAGAAAAGCAAUAAAUAUGUAAUGUGAUUAGAAACUAUAAAAUUACAUGCAAAUAAACUGAGAUGUUUAAAAAGUG